UGGCAACAAAAUGCUUACUGUCCUGUCACUGCUAAAAACGAUACGGGUGAAAAACUAGACCUAAACAAUGACUACGCAUACUUACAGUGAUACGUAGCAUUAAGGGAAGGACACGCGAUGCUAUUCAGAAUUCUGUAAACGUCAUUUACCUGUUGAUGCCUACAGAGAAGACAAUAUGUUGAAAACUCGAUCAGCUGGGAUGUCGGCCGAGCCGGAACAACGAGAACCAUUGUUACUUGACAGCGACUCGGAGUUUGUUAGCUAUUACGACGAGCAAGAUAUCAGAAAAAGAGUGACAAAGAAAGACAAAAAAUCAAGAACACAGUUUUGUCUGUUUGUGAUCCUCGCUCUCCUUGUGAUUGUUGUUCUGGCUGUCAGUCUGUUUUUCCUGACAAAUGGAACAUCACCUGGAUCUCCAACACCAAGACCGUCGCCCUCCGUCCUCGGGAAAUACAAACAUGCUGCCCUAGCAACCGAUCAUUCUAUUUGUUCUGAAAUUGGCAGGAAAAUUCUUAAGGAUCAAGGUGGAAGUUCUGUAGAUGCCACUCUCGCUGUACAGAUCUGUUACACUGUCAUACAACCCCAGAGCAGUGGAAUUGGAGGCGGAUUCUUCAUGGUCGUAUACAACAGAACGAGUCGAGAAUCAACCACUAUCGAUGCCCGGGAAGUCGCACCGCUGGCUGCCUCAGAGAACAUGUAUGUUGACAACCCUGAGGAUUCGGAAGUAGGAGGAAAGUCCAUUGCAGUUCCGUCUGAGAUCAAGGGUUACAAGAAAGCGCAUGACAAGUUUGGUCGUCUUCCCUGGUCUGCAAUAUUUGCACCCUCCAUCAAGCUUUGUGAGGAUGGAUUUCCAGUACCAAGACACCUGGAAGACUAUUUUAUCUUAGAGAGAAACAAACUCUCAAAGGAUCCAGAUGCACUAAAAACAUACACCAACCCUGCUACUGGAGACUUUUACAAAGCUGGGGAGAUUAUCAAACUUCCAGCAUUAGGAAAGACACUGAAAACCAUAGCAACAGAGGGAGCAGACAGUUUCUACACUGGUAACCUGUCAAAAGAUAUUCUACUAGACCUCAAGGACAAAGGUUCCCUGAUCACAGCAGAGGACUUAAGUGGCUACCAGGCCCUAAUGAAUACAAGUUUACAGUCACGAAUGAGGGACGGCAGCAUCCUGUACUCCCCACUGGCGCCCUCUGGUGGACCGAUCCUCAUCUUCAUCAUGAACAUAUUAGAUGGUUAUGAAAUUGCCUCCGGAAAAAAAUGGAAAAAAGAAGAUAAACUUCUAGCUUACCAUCGUAUUACGGAGGCCUUCAAAUUUGGCUAUGCCAAACGCACUGACAUGGGAGACCCGAAGUUUAUUAGACAUGUUGAUGGGCUGGUGGCCAAUCUCACCUCCAUGAACUAUGCCGAUGCCAUCCGUAAGCUGAUCUGGGAUAAUGCCACACAUGACUGGCCAUAUUACGGACCUACGUAUUACGACAAGUACAAGACCAGUACAGCACACGCAUCUGUCGUAGGAAAUGACAGCUUGGCCGUGGCUGUCACUACUACAGUAAAUCUAAGGUUUGGAUCUGGCGUUAUGGGAUCAAGGACGGGGAUUUUAUUUAAUGAUGAAAUGGAUGAUUUUUCCACACCUAACGUAACAAACUUUUUCGGAGUUGCCCCGUCACCGAGCAAUUUUAUCAGGCCGGGAAAACGCCCUGUGUCAUCUAUGUGUCCCUCCAUACUUGUAACCAAGGACAAUAAAAUCAAAAUGGUCGCAGGGGCGGCAGGUGGAACACGAAUUACUACAGCUACUGCUUAUGUGAUGACAAAUGUUUUGUGGUUUGGUGACGAUGUCAAACAGGCUGUGGACUAUCCCCGGAUACACCACCAACUGCUGCCACCAGAAAUUUCCUACGAGGCUCGCUUUCCCGAGUAUUAUAUUGACGGUCUGAGAGAGCUAGGACACAACCUAACACUGACUAGCUCCAAGGCUAUAGUCAAUGCUAUCACAGGUGAUGGGGACUGGUACUACGCUAACUCUGACUACAGACGACCAGGCAGCAAUCCGGACGGUUUCUAAGAAAACGAUGAUAAAGAUGAGGAAAUUAUAGUAUACAUGUGUCUGAAAGGUUGUUGAAAAUGUUGAUGAAAUAUUCUGUCAACUGUGACUGAAGCCAACCGCACAGCAUUCCAGACAAAUUCUGAGAAAAAA